AUGGAAUCGUACUCGCAAAUGAUUGUUUCUCCCUUCUUUGCAAAAUUGCCUCCCAAGAAACCCAAAGCCAGUGACAAGGUCUCUUGCAUUCCUUUCCCACCACUCCAAUCCACAUCCUUCGGCUUAGUCCAAGAACAAUUAUCUCAUGACCCGUUCCGCCUUCUCAUCGCCGUCAUUUUCCUCAACAAAACGCGCGGCUCCGUCGCUCUUCCCGUCUUCUACGAACUCAUGGAGCGCUAUCCUACACCCGCAGACCUCGCCGCAGCCAAUCAAGAGGACGUCGUCGAGAUCAUCCAACAUCUCGGCUUGCAGAACCAACGUGCGAAGAAAUGUAUCAAUCUGGCCAAAGCAUGGCUCGAGCGUCCACCGGAGAAAGGGAAAAGGUACCGAGUGCUUCACUACCCGAAAAAGGAUGAUGGCAAAGAUGUCAGCCUUGGCGACAUUGUUGGCGAAGAAGAUAAGCGAGUCGCUUGGGAAAUCGGACAACUUCCUGGCAUUGGUGUCUACGCCAUCGACAGCUGGCGCAUCUUCUGCCGCGAUAAAUUGCGCGGUCUGCCGACUGGCUUGCCCAAGGAGCUCACUUCGGAAGCUAAAAAGGAGGAGUUGCAGAAAGAAUGGACCAGAGUCCUGGCGGGAGAUAAAGAGCUACGAGCCUACCUACGUUGGCGCUGGUUACGGAAUGGCUGGGUCUGGGACCCCGUGAGCGGAGAGCGAAAGAAGGCCGAUGAGGGUGAGCUCGCCAAGGCAGACAAGGGUGGAGUCAUAUAUGAGGGUAAUGCUGGAGACAUGGUAGUGGGAAAUGCCAAAGGCGAAGGGCCGGAUGCUGUUAAAGCUGAACGAGAAGUCGGAGAGGAGGACGGUGGAAGGGAAAGUGGAGAGAGCGAGAAUAUGAUCGCUGAGCCCAAGACCGGAGAUGCGCGUCAGAAUGCGGGCGAAGAGGCAGAAGCUAUGACGGCAAAAGCCGCAACAUAG